AUGAUUGAAAGAUUUUUAAAACUAAUCAACAACCUAUCACAAAUGUUUCUCACUCUCAACGGUAAUGAUAUACCCGAAAUGAUAUCUGUCCAUGAUAUAAGAUGUCUACAAGAGAUUUGUUCAUUGUUGAGACCAUUUGAAGUACUUACUAGAGAAAUUUUCACAGAAAAAUCGGUUAUGAUACAACCUUCUGAAUAUAGAGCAAAAUUCAAACGCCAGUCAAAAGUUGAUUACUCUGCUCAUAUUAGUCGUACCGAGGAAGCACUGUCAUCUUCCCCUUUCAACUUCUGGAAAUUUGUAAAUAACCUACAACAGAAACCUACAGUUCCUUUAUAA